AUGGAACCCGUCCUCUCGGCGAGCGCGUUACGCGCACUUACGCACACAUUUAUCUUGAACAUAAGCCACCACCACUAUGCCCUACACUCUCGAACAUCCCCCGCCGGCACCGGCGCACGUCGUUCUCUGACCCUCUCAGCCGUCGACGGCCCGGUCACUCCACCUCUCGAGACGCCCCCUCUCUACCAGUUCUUCAAGGAAGAUAUCAUCGGCAAACACGGCUCGCGUCCCGCGUUUAUAUGCAGGGAGGAGCGACCGCGCUCGCACGGCGGACCGGCCUCGCGCAGCCUCGGCGAGCAGGCGUAUCUCGCAUGGGAAUUUGACAAGUUCGAUAGGUACAACAGCGCUGCGGCGCCUGGGCUGCUCGCGGUAGACGUCAGGGAGAGAGAUCGGAUGUCAGUCAUCAUGGGGAACGCAGGCGAAGUUUAG